GCCUCGAGCCAGCUCUGAGUGGAGCCUGUCUGCCAACAGCUUCAGCAGCGGCUCUAUCUGGAUUCUACUUCACUCACUGACAAUUAAAGGAGGCCCCCUUUUUCUUCUCAUUUUCGAGGAUUAUUCGUCACCAUGGGCGACAAAAAGAGCCCUACCAGGCCGAAAAGACAAGCCAAACAGAGCGCAGACGACGGCUACUGGGACUGCAGCGUGUGCACCUACAAGAACACAGCCGAGGCUUUCAAAUGCAGCAUCUGCGAUGUGAGGAAGGGCACAUCCACAAGGAAACCAAGAAUAAACUCCCAGCUGGCCGCUCAGCAGUCAGCUCAGCAGUACACGAUGCCUCCCCCACCCAAGAAGGAUCGGAGAGAGAGGAGCGAGCGCACGGACAAGGAACGUCCACACAGCGAAGGAGAAAGAGCCGGCCCCGAAGGACGCCCUGAGGGAGAACGCCCAGAGAGAGUCGGGCCAGAGGGAGAAAUUCCUGAGAAGGACAAGAGUGAGAAGGAGCAGCCCAUCAAAGACAAACCCGACAGGGAAAAGGAGAUCACCCCAGCUGUCACAAAGAAACCCAGCAGCAAAAAGACCAAACCCAAAUCAGACAGCCAUCAGAGUUCACCAAGUGACAAACAGAGCAUACAGUCUGGGAAAUCAGCAACCAAGUCUAACAAGAACUCCCAUAUUUCCAGGCCCAAACUGAAGAAUAUCGACCGAAGUACCGCCCAACAGUUGGCCAUCACCGUAGGUAACGUGACGGUGAUCAUAACAGACUUUAAGGAGAAGACCCGCUCCUCAUCCACAUCUUCGUCCACCAUCACAUCCAGCGCAGGCUCUGAACAGCAGCAUCAGAGCUCUGGCUCCGAGAGCAUGGACAAGGGCUCGUCACGCGCCUCCACCCCUAAAGGGGAUCUCUCGGUGGGGCACGACGAGUCAUUCUGAGCGCCAUUGUUUGUUUUAGUUUUUUUUUUUUUUUUUUUGGCUGUCGUUGUUUAACCCCAUUCCCUUCCAAUUCUUCACUCCCCUCUCCUCUCCGCCCAUAUUUCUGGACACUGUGGAUCCCAUGGGGGGGAAGAGUUGUCACCCUUUGCCAUCGAUGCCCUGCCCUUCAUUCCAUGUCCUCCCCGUGAUGCUGAGCAGAGCUGGCCGGAUUAGAGACACAGCUGGCACCUUUUUAGGGGAGCACACUCCCUAUGUAGUCUUGCCGAGGAGAGCGGUG